GGGCAGGGAAAGGAGACCUCGGGCGCCAGGGACCUAGCGGGCUCUUUCUUCCAGGCGUCCCGGGCUGCCCUCACUACCAGUCCCCGCCGUCUCAUUUGCCGCCUUCCGACGCGUGACCCCGGCGCGCUCGCGUCCCCGGCCGGUGACAGGCGCGAGGUGCGCCGAGCGGUCCCAUGUGCGCCCUCCCUCUCGCGGCCGCUGCAGUCACCGCGCCCCGAAUCCAGCUCCAGCUCCUCUGCCGAGGCCUCGUCGCCGCCAUGUCUACCGCCAGGCCACUCAAAUCCGUGGACUACGAAGUGUUCGGGAGAGUGCAGGGUGUUUGCUUCAGGAUGUACACCGAAGAUGAGGCAAGGAAAAUAGGGGUGGUUGGCUGGGUGAAGAAUACCAGCAAAGGCACUGUGACAGGCCAAGUGCAAGGCCCCGAAGAUAAAGUCAAUUCCAUUUCUGAUCCUGAUGUUAAUAAUAUACUGGCCUUAAUCUUGGACUUCUUAUUUUCAACUUAUGUGACAGUCUUCAUCUAUAUUGUUUUUCCUAAGGUUACUACAAGGAAGUCCUGGCUGAGCAAUGUUGGAAGUCCUAGUUCUCGCAUCGAUCGCACGACCUUUUCCAAUGAAAAAACCAUCUCUAAACUUGAAUACUCUAAUUUUACUAUUCGAUACUAAUAGGAGAAAAAUUAAAAUUGUAACGCUCAUACUGCACAAAAGACACUAUGUAUUCUUAAGUCUAUAUACUACAAUGAUUGAUAGUAGCAGAGUAGGGUAAAAAAAAGGAACUUUCUGUUCUGAAAGCUACAUUAUAUGUUACUAAAAAUGUCUGACACUGAAAUAGUUUUGCUCAAAUAUGUUUUGAACAAGCCAAAACUUAGCGUUCUAAAAUUUAAAAUGUCAUUACAAAAUAUUUAAUAUGAAUAUUUUACUGUAUUUAAACUUGUCUCUUGGAAUCUUUAAUUCUAAUAUUAUGGCAUACAUGUUAUUUGGCUGGACAUAAAAUAAAGUUAACCAUGUAAAAAUUA